GCCACCCGAUGCUUUCAAUGUAGCGCUAAAGCUCAGCCCAGGCGGACGCGUUUCGGGGUCCGUGUGCGUGUAUAUAUUCCCUACGUUUUCUCCCCUGUUUUGUUUGUGUGUUUGUUUCGCAAUUGUGUUGCCUGUGCCUGUGUGUUUGAAUCCUGCUCCAGCGAGACAUAGAAAGGUGCGGAUAGAGAAGGGAAGGAGCUGAUCCUCUACAGCCCCCGAUCGCGUGUGAGUGAAAAAGAUCGGUUCGGUUUGGUGUGGACGGGUUUCAGAUGGGGCCCGAGAGCCACCACACACUAUUAUAGUUCUACCGGAAACGGUGAAGCGCACCAGCAGCAGAAGAACAUGGCGUCCAGCAUCAGCGAUCGGCAACCGGUGUGACCGUGUGUGAUGCGAAUCGGCCCUUGGUGUCAGUUGUACGUGUUCGUAUUUAAUGUGUGUGUGUCCAACAAAAAUAAGUGUGCAAUGUGAAGUGUGUUCCGAAAUUGGUAUAUUGCGAAAAAAACACAGUAAAAUAAACGUAGAGUGGCAUGUGCUGAUAGCUUUAGUACUCAGUUGAUCCGGUAAUAAAUUAUCGCAAAACGAUCAACGCGUGUUUUCCCCCACGAUGACAACAAGCAGCGCUGCAAAGCGUUUCUAGCGAGAACCCAUCCAUCACACCGAUCUCCGCAGUGUGUGUUAGUUCAGCACCGUCGUCUAUAAUCAGCGCCGGGUGUUUGCCCGUCUUCGUUUCGGCUGUGCAGAUUGGACGGCCCUACAAUCGCGGUCCGGAUCGAUCCCGCGGUCCCGCAAUGGUCGACUACUGUAACACACGAUCGGCGACUAGUGCAGCUACCUCCAUCGCGACUCCCGCCACCUUUCGACCAAGUAAAUCGCGACAUGGGGCACGUGAAAAAUCCCUACCGCUGCACAAAUCGCUCGGCGAAGGAGCGAUGGACGCUGGGCAGCAGGCACGGGUGCGUACGGUGCGUCUGGUACGGCCCCACCAUGGCUACAGUCAUCGGAACCUACCGAUCACGGGCAGCAACUUUGGCUUUUCCAUACGCGGCGGGUUGGAGUACGGCACCGGGUUCUUCGUGUCCGCUAUAGAGCGUGAUUCUGAAGCUGAUCGGCAGGGAUUGAAGGUAGGAGAUCAGAUCAUACGCGUCAAUGGGUAUCAGGUGGAGGAUGCAGUACAUCGCGAGCUGGCCCAAUUCAUUGCCAAUCAGGAGCGACUGAUCAUGAAGGUGCGCGGGCUCGGCAUCCUACCGAUCAAAGAACGUACAGCCGACCCGCUAACCUGGCACGUGGUGUCGUUUGGAAUGUCGCGCGACAAGCAGGACGCGCUGCUGCUGGAGGAACCGUGCGGUGGGCGCGAUGUGAAGGUGAUCCUCUCGGUGGCACCCCGCACCAAGCUGGGCUGCGGCAUUUGCAAGGGUCCCGACUGGAAGCCGGGCAUAUUUGUCCAGUUCACCAAGGAGGGAGGCGUGGCGCGGGAGGCCGGCUUACGGCCCGGCGAUCAGAUUCUGUCCUGCAAUGGGCACAGCUUUGCCGAGGCCACGUUCGGCGAGGCGGUGGCCGUGAUGAAGUCAUCGCACGUGCUCGAGCUGGUGGUGCGCCCCAGUGCCGGGUUGGAUCUGUUCCCGGGCGAAUCGAGCGGCUACAACAGCUCGGCGAGCAGUGUCAACGGUGACCAGAGUCCGUGCUGGGGUGACCAGACGUCCAAGCGGCUAAGCAUCGUGCGGGAGGAGUCGAUCACGCACGAUCGCCGUCGGCUGGCAGCGGCACCGGUCGCAACAGUACCGGAAAUGCCACCAGCCAGCGAUAGCAAAUCGGGCGUCCCACCUCCACCGCCGCCUCAACCCCAACAACAACUCCAUCAUCAGGAUGAACAACAGGUUCAGCAGCAGCAGCAGCAGCAGCAACAACAACUGACCCCGAGGGGCACACUGGCUGGAGGGGCGACACGCAGGAAGAACACCACCAUCAUCGAGUUCUCCGAGCGGGGCGCAAUCGUGAACCCUGAAGCGAAACAGAGUGAAACGAAAACGAUCAUUGUCGAGGUGCACCGGAGCGCAUCGGCCGGCUCGAUGGUGGACGACGAGACGGGCCAUGGAGCUGCAGCAGCGGGUACGAUCAUUCCACCGCCUCCGCCCCUGUUCGCCGACACCGUCACGACAUCCAGUUGCCAGUCGGUGACGAAUGCAGCAGCGGCAUCGUCCAGCACGACGCUAGCGCAAGAACAAGCGUCCGCCGCUGCGGCCCAUCACAGCCUGAGCAACGCAAUAUCGGACGAGCUGCGGCGCCGGGCACAGAAGAAAGCGGCACCGGCGGGCGGCGGCGCGACGGACCCGGCCACCGGGCCGGCCGCCGCCCUCACUGAGCUCGAGAAUCGGCUGAAGGAAAAGAACGUCCGUUUGCGCCCGGUAACGAUGGCCAUUUCGGACGAACGGCACACCGCCCUGAUGGACGAGUUCCGGGCGGUGCACAAACGUAUGUUCAAGAAUGGAUUCGACAACGCGGAACUAAAGAAACAGCCCCCCAAAACGAAUGAUGCGGACCACGGUCAGCCGAUCCAGGACGCAGUCAACGGUGCAAAUGGGGCAAGGAAAUCGCCCAAAGGCACGAUGGGACGAGUGGCGGCGUCAGAAAUGGCCAAGGCAAGCGGCGACAGUGCCGAGCUGGAAUCGAUCGAAUCGUUCAAGCUGAACAAUCCGCAACAACCACCGGUACGGCCCCCUUCGUACUACUUCUGCCCGCAGGCAACCGGGCCGCCAACGAUGAAGAAAUCCCAAAAACCGAUCGCCGUCACGAUCAGCGAGUAUGCGACGAGCGCGGGACGGACGGAAGAGCCCAAAAAGACGACCCGGUUCGAUUUUGGACAGCUGCGAUCCGUGACGGAAGCGAUCGGGGGUGGUGGUCCCGUCGGUGGUCCUAAGGAGGGCCCGUUAAGUAGACAGCGCCAAGCUCCAGCAACGUAGCAUUCUGGCAUGACUAAUAGAUAGGAUAGGGCGAAAAUAAAACUGCAAUGUUUAACGACCAAAUAUGCGAUCGAUGCGAACGGUGGUGCGAACCCACCUUCCUCCCCAUUCAAGACAAGCACACUGCACAUGACUGGGUUCCGUGGAUGGUUUAAAAGGUGUAUUUUUUUGUUAUUUGUUGUGGUGAUACAAUAUGUAAGAUACAUAUACAUAUUGUAACGUAUUUUGUCUUAAGUAAGUGUAAUCGAUCGAUUAUAAAAUGUGAUUGUGGAUAUAAAAAAAUUGAUGGACUUAUGAUUUGUUUGAGUGUGUAAACCUAGCUGCUAACAUUUUGCUGACAUUUUGCUUUAUGCGUUCACUUGUCACUGUGCAACGCCUUGUACAGGCGAAAACCUCCCCACGCCAUCACGCACACGUUCAUCAACGCUAGCAGGCCAGAAAAAAUGUACUCCCGUGCUUGGUGCUUCUGGUUCGUAUGAUGGUACGAGUCACCAUCUCCGUCCUCCUCAUCAUAGUCCGAUUCUUGGUCGCUGUGCGCUAGUUUAUCAUGCGCUAUGCCCGCUUCCUGCAGCUUAUGCUCAAUUUCGCUGGCACCAUCGAUAGCGAUGAAAUCAUUCCGCAGCAACAACUCCUUCAGGUUGGGAGCGGCCGCCAGCAGCGAGUCAAUGUUCAAGCUGUUCAGGAAAUUGUCCUGCAGGUUCAACAACUUCAGCGCAGGCGCAUACAUGCCCGUAAACUCCAGUACAUUAGCAAAAUCAUUCCGGCACAAAACGAGCCACUCGAGCGUGGCGGGCAGAUCGGCGUACGGAAACUCCUCCAGCUGAUUGGCACCCAGAUGAAGGCCGGACAGUUUGGGGAAACCCUUCAACACCGAACCGUCCACCACAACGAUGCGGUUGUGGGCAAGCAGUAGCGUUUCGAGAUGCACCAGCGUACGCAAACUAUCGAUCGCUGUCAACCGAUUGUACUGCAGGUCCAGAUAGCGUAGCGCAUACUCGGAACCGUUCACUUCCGGUGCGGACACGGUUGCAAUCAGAUUGCUACUAAAAUCCGCAUACUCGAGGUCGAGCGGUAGGUCUACUGUCUUGAUGAUGACAUUUUCGAUUUGAACUGCUCGUGGGCGCUUUAGGAUCUCGUGAAGCACGGCAUCGUACGCAACGAUAUUGUCGCGCAGAAGAAUUUUAUCCCUCGGAUAGGCAAGCCUCACUUUGCGUACCGUUCCGGGCGCUACCAGUGUCGAAUGGUUGUGGUUUGGUUUGUAGAAAAAGUUGGGUACGGUGCAGGCAAAUAUUUCCGACCCGGGAUCACACUGAUGCGCCCACAGUGUGUUCGUAAAGUUGCCGGAGCCAGCCGGAAGAUGCUGUAGGAACAACAGGAAG